UAAACCGAAAGUAUCAGCUAUUCAUUCGCGCUUCAUAAGAGUAGUGUUUUUGUGCGGCAUUUAAAUAAAACAGAGGAAUUUAAAUACUUAAAAUGGCGGAUACUGCCGUUGAAAGUCCAGUUGUAGCCGAGGAAAAUGAUAGUGCUAAAACAGAGGAAGUUAAAUCUCCUGCAAAAAGGGCGAGCAAAGGAAAAGCAGCAAAAACACCAAAAACAAAGGCUACCCCUAAGGCAAAGGCUGUGAGUGCUAACAAAAAACAGAAGAAAACUGUGUCAGAUAUGCAUCCUAAAUACAGUCAAAUGAUUAACGAAUCUAUCGCGGCGUUAAAAGAAAGGAAUGGAUCAUCAAGACAGGCAAUUCUUAAAUAUAUAAUGGCUAAUUAUAGUGUGCUCCCAGAUGAAAAACUAGUGAACAAUCACAUUAAGAUGUCAAUCAGAGCUGGAAUUAAAAGCGGAAAACUGAAACAAAUCAAAGGAUCUGGUGCUUGUGGUUCAUACAAACUCGGUGACAAAGGCACUGAAAAGCCGUCCAAACCUAAAGCUGAAAAGGCGGCAUCUCCUACAAAGAAGACAAGCUUAACAAAGGUUAAGAAGCCAAAGGCUGCUUCGAAGAAAUCAAAAACACCGUCCAAGAAAGCAGCUGGUGGCAAAGCUAGUCCAAAACCUUCACCACAAAAAGCAAAAGCUUCUCCAAAGAAAACGACAAAGAAAACAAAAAGUCCAAAGAAAACAAAAGCGAAAAAAGCUGCUAAAUCACCUAAGAAAUCCAAGAAAGCGGCUGCACCAGAAGAAAAGAAAGACACUGAGGAUGUCCCAGCUACAGAAGCAGCAACGAGUGAAAGUGACCAGUGAUCUCCUGAGCGGAAAACUUUAAGUCGUUAUCAAUAAUGAUUUAACACUUGGCUGUGUAAAAAUAGCUACAUGUAAUUUUAUUUUAGAAAGUUGAGUUUUCAAAAAUGUUCUAUGACAAGGAGAACUUAUGAACAGAUGAAUAUGGCAAUGAUAUGUAAUUUAUCAAUAUUAACAUUCAUGAUAUUUAGAUCUUUUUUCAGUUCAAGUUUUAUUAUUCCAUAUUAUAGUAUUCCAUUUUCAUUCGAAUUAACUUACUUUCUUUAAUAUUAAUUCAUGUUCAUAACUUGUAUUAUGUGUAUAUUGUUUUCCAAAAUGUGUUCAUAUUUUCCCAUUAUUGUUGAUAUUGUUUAGAAUAAAUUUGUAGCUACAUGCAAUGUAGAUAAAA